UCCCUCCAUUUCUUCCUUCUUCUGCCGAGCUGUCUGCAUUCCUGCUUCGGACGCUGAAGGGGCUGUCACCUUCCCCUGUCUCCACAGCCUCAGAAAAAGAAAAGAGACCUCAACCUUUCCACAUCACUUUUUCUUCUAGGAAACUAUUGAGCACAGAUGACUCUUUGCUUUCAUUAGGAAUAGAAAUGGCUGCUGAACCAGUAGAAGACAAUUGCAUCAACUUUGUGGAAAUGAAAUUUAUUGACAACACACUUUACUUUGUAGCCGAAGAUGAUGAAAACCUGGAAUCAGAUUACUUUGGCAAGCUUGAAUCUAGAUUGUCAAUCAUACGAAAUAUAAACAACCAAGUUCUCUUCAUUUCGCCACAAGACCACCCUGUGUUUGAAGAUAUGACUGAUGCUGACUGUGAAGAUAAUGCACCCCGAACUGAAAUUAUCAUGUCUAUGUAUAAAGACAGCCUUCCUCGAGGCAUGGCAGUAACAAUCUCUGUGAGGUGCAAAAAAAUGUUUACUCUCUCCUGUGAGAACAAAAGUAUUGCCUUUAAGGAAAUGACUCCUCCUGAUAGUAUCAAUGAUGAAGGAAGUGACAUCAUAUUCUUUAUGAGAAGAGUUCCAGGACAUCACAAUAAGAUACAAUUUGAGUCUUCAUUAUACGAAGGACACUUUCUAGCUUGUAAAAAGGAGAAUGAUCUUUUCAAACUCAUUUUGAAAGAAAAGGACAAAUAUGGGGAUGAAUCUGUAAUAUUCACUGUUCAAAGCAAGAACUAGGUAUUAAAAUUGCAUAGCUUGAACUUCCUGAGUUUUUGUGGUUGAGAAAGUUUGUAAGAGUUUGAACCUAUAAUUGUAGUGAUGAAAUAAAAUGUAUAGUGGUCUCAAAAGAUAUUACUAAGAAAUGAAUAAUAAGCUUUCACAAAAUUGAAUUGACUCCCCCUUAUCGGAUGAAUAAAAUAUUUGCAUAAUGUAAAAAAGAAUGCAUAGUUUGAAAACACAUUCUAUGUUGUUAAUUGGAACAUGGAUCAUACUCAAUGGAAGUGUUUUGAAUCUUUUGGGUUAUGU